AAAAGGACACAUCUACCCGAGCGCACACAUAUUGUUCCUCGAAAUAAGCAUGUUCUUACAUGAUGCUUUGAAUUCAUUUUAUGCAGCUCAAGAUCGUAGUUUAUCUUUCGACUGCUGUUCCUUCAAACAGAUAGACCUACCUAGCUUUUCCAUAUUCCAUAUUAUUCCAUAUUAUAUUCCAUAUUAUCAUCUGGUUAAUAUUAGAAUACCUUCUAAUCAGAAAUAUGUCUACAGGAUAGGAGCGUGGCCCUAACAAGUCUUGGGGCUAGUUCAACAGAACUGCCUUUUAGGACUUUGGUUUUCCAGGUUUGACCGGAAGAAUUUCAACAUUGUUAUGAAAAUCGGUAUGAUUAACGACCAUUUAACAAUCUGAAGGGAAUGAGUGUUUGGAAACUCCCUCUUAUUCUCUCACCGCCCCGGCGCUACACCAGGUAGGCUACACUAGGAUUUCACUUUGGACGCGACGUCAUUCGGAUCACAGAUGUGACCGCGGCUUCAUACCCCAAACAAACAGAGUUUGUCCUUUCAACCCGAGGAGGACUCCCGCAUUGGGCUGGUGACAGCCAUGGCCGAGUCCCAGCUCAUGUGUAUGGAAGACGGCCAGAUCCGUCCGGCGGUCCCGGAGAACAAGCCGGAGUUUUACUACAGCGAGGCUCAACGCGCCGCUGUUGAGGAGCUCCUGAAGAACGGAGACGGGGCUUUUAAAACUCGACUGAAGGAAGACAAGGCCAAUGACUUUUUGUCCGCGCGGGAGGUUAAGUAUUUGCUCGCCAAUUUUAAAGACAACACUUCAGAAAAUGCCGACGCUCAAAGUACAGCGUCCCCCGCAAAGGCGGAGGGUUCCAGCGGGGAUUCGGGGCUCCACUCAACGUAUUGGCCCCAGAUGUCUGACACCAACGUACCGCCGUUGGACAUUGGCUGGCCCAGCGGUGGAUUUUUCCGAGGAGUGACCAGAGUAGCGGUGCACACGCACCCACCCAAAGACAAUGGACCGCACAUCAAGGAGGUUGUACGCCGCAUGAUCCAGGAAGCCAGCAAGGUGGUUGCCAUAGUGAUGGACCUGCUGACGGACCUGCACAUCCUGCAGGACCUGAUGGAGGCGGCGUCUCGGCGCUCCGUCCCCGUCUACAUCCUGCUGGACGCUAGUGGCAUGCCUCACUUCCUGGACAUGUGCUGCAGGCUGCAGAUGGGAUCACAGCACCUGCGGAACAUCCGCUGCAGAACUCUACAUGGGUGGGGGCUGACCAUGUCCUGUGGUACGCUCCCUGGCACGCUCUCCAACAAGUACAUGCUAGUGGACGGCGAUAAGGUGGUGUUCGGCUCGUACAGCUACUCCUGGAGCUGCUCCCGCAUCGACCGCAACAUGAUCACGGUGAUGACGGGUCAGGUGGUAGAGGCCUUCGACCGGGAUUUCCGCGAGCUCUACGCCAUCUCGGCCCUGCUGGACCUCUACAAGGAGCUCAACGUGGCCCGGCCCUCGGACAAGGUGCCGCCCCCCAGGCCCAAGGUGGCCCCCAAGCGCCCGCCCAUCCCCGUCACCACCUCCCGCUUCCAGAUGAGCCUGGACCGCUCACGCAACAACGCCCUCCAGGUGCCCGCGCACAAGUACCACAACCCCAAGUACCUGCUGGCGCUGGGGGGCGUGGCGCCGCCCGCACGCUCCCUCCACGACUUCCUGGCCACCAGCGAGAUGGCCCAGAACAUGGAGAUGGACCCGGGCAGACCCCGGACGACCAGCAGCGAGCGGCUGGACCACCUGUCCCCGCUGCCCUCGGAUGGGCCCCUGGAUGACCCCAUGGAGGUCUUCGGGGGGGACGAGCCCACCCGGAAGCUCACCCUGAAGCAGAGGUGGAAGAGCAGGUUGUCCAGCAGCAACAAGGCCGAGGGGGGGGCCAGUGGGGGAGGUAGCCGGGAGCCGUCGCCGACGCCGACGGAGGAUCAGUCGGGCGGGGCUGGGGCCAAGGCUAAAUCCAAGUGGAGUUGGUUGAAGAAGAAGCCCCCCAAGAGUGAGUCCACGCAGGCCAUCAACGCCACCACGCCGGAUAAUCAAAUUUCAGAGACAGCCACAGGAAGUGGAGCAGCGGCAGGUCCCUCCUCAUCUCCUGAUGUUACUGAGGAGGGAAGGAAAGGUCAGAAGAGCCGAAGGUCCAAAAUGUCCUGUGCCCAGUCGUGACCCGGUGCUACACAGUCAGGUCCCAAAGGGGACCACAUGGAUAUGUAUGGUUGUCUUCUGAACACCACCUCACCCUCAGAAAUGUGGAACGCCAUGAGCACUUCGAAGAACAAGGAAAAAUAGCUAAAACUGGUACAAUUAGUAGUUUACAGAAAUACCCAUGAAAUGCUUGUUCACCCAAAUGGCACUGAUACUUAUUUAUUUUGUUUACAUGCUUGUCCUUAGUGAGCAGGUAGGAAAUAGGAUACUUACAGGUACAAAUGGGAAAUUGGGGUUCAAACUCCUAACCUUUCAGCUCAGUAUCAAAUACCCUAACCAAGACUGUCUCAACAGUUAACUUUAUUGGAUGUGACAGUAUCCAUUCUGUAGCCUAGCUUGUCCUGUUGUGUGAAAGUAUGCUGCUUCAGAACAUACUUGUGCUAGAUAAAACUAUAACCUAGCAGACCACAUAUAAUUUACAAUGUUCUACCACAACGAGGGGUUUGGAUAGCUAAUCAUGUGUGGUAGGCCUAGGUCAUCGUUCUGUUCUACGUGUGUGUGUGUGUGUGUGUG